GAACUCAGAACGUUGCCGCUGCGCAAACGCAAAGCACGCGUCUUCAAUACACUCACACAAAAAAAACAUACACACACGCACGCACGCACACCAACGUAACGCAACGCCACGCCACGCCCCCGCCGCCCAAAACGCCCAAGCAAGCCGGCUUGCAGGACUUUUUCGAAAAUUUUUUAAAUCUCUGUUUCCAGUUUGCAGAAAUUUCAAAACUUCAACGAUUAACAUUUCCGAUACCUCAACGCAUAUUUUUUUUUAGUUUUCUUUUGUAUUUUGUGUGUUCGUGAACAAUUUUAAGUGCCAACUAUUUUGCGGAGUACAGCGUAAAUUACACGAAAAUAUUCAGCCAUCUGGGAAUCGGGGAAUCGGGAACUCGGGGAUGUGGAUGCGACACUUGACAGCCACCAAAAUGAACGUUCUACCAGUGGGUGUGUUGGGAUUUAUACUCCUGCAAUUGGUGAUAUUGGUGCGAGGACAUGGCCGUUUGAUGGAUCCGCCGGCGAGGAAUGCCAUGUGGCGAUUUGGCUAUCCCAAUCCCGUAAAUUACAAUGAUAACGAACUCUUUUGCGGUGGCUAUGCGGUUCAGUGGGAGAAAAAUAGUGGACGUUGUGGUGUCUGCGGCGAUGCCUAUCAUGUGAAGUCCCCACGGCCCCACGAAGCUGGCGGGGAAUACGCCAAGGGCAUCAUCUCCCGAUACUAUACGGCCGGUCAGGAAAUCGAUGUGGAGGUGGAACUGACGGCCAAUCACUAUGGUCGCUUCGAGAUGUUCCUCUGCCCGAACAACAAUCCGCGACAGGAGGCCACCCAGCAGUGUUUCGAUCGAUAUCCGUUGCUGAUUUCGGGCAGUCGGGAGCACCGAUAUCUCAUACCACGCGACGCCAAGAAGAAGGAUAUAUUCCGAUAUCGGGUGCGAUUGCCUCCAUAUGUCACCUGCACGCAGUGCGUCCUGCAAUGGACCUACUACACCGCCAAUAUGUGGGGCACCUGCGCCAAUGGAACCGAGGCAGUCGGAUGCGGCAAGGCAGAAACAUUCCGUAACUGUGCGGAUAUAGCGAUUAUCUCGAACACUGGAGGAGGUGUUCCGCCGAUCUUUGUGAACAACAAGUCACCAUAUCUGCUAUAUUAUCGGGAUUAUCGGGCACCGGAAGACAACAAUAUCUUUCCACUUAUUGUGCGAAAUGCCACGCGGCAUGCGCGCAAACGAGGCAAGGCUUAACCGCUUACCCGCUAAACAGCUUACCCGAUACCCGCUUAAAACCGCUUACCCGCUACUCGCUCGAAAACAGCUUCAAAAACGUUUUUUUAGCCUAGUUGAAACUGUCACCAAAAAUUAAAAGUCAUCCGGCUGGAUUCCCGCCUGAAAAUCGGGCCAAAGUUUUUCAUAACGAUACGGGUAAAGGUAAAUUUUUCGACUACAUACGUUUUUAAGUCUUUAAACGGUUAUGGUACACACACACGCAUACACAUAAACACUGCUGUAUAUAAAUAAAUGCUUAAAUAAACAUAAAACCGAUAUAAAUCAUUUAUAUUGUUUUGCUUAACCGCAUUGCUUUACUGAUACGGAAUCGAAUCGGUU